AUGAGACCAUAUUCUACUUUCCUGUCUCCAGAAGCUAUUUGCAGUAUACAUGGGGAUCCCCACUACAACACAUUUGACAAUCAGUUACACAAUUUCAUGGGCACCUGCACCUACACCCUCUCCAAGCUGUGUGAGAGCAACAGCUCCCUGCCCUACUUCAAUGUGGAAGCGGCCAACGAGCACAGGGGAGGCAACACCCGCGUGUCCUAUGUCCGAUACGUGGAUAUUGAUGUCUAUGGCUACAGGAUCAACCUUGGUCAAAAAAGAGCUGUUAAGGUCAAUGGAGUCAGCCAGGUGGUCCCUGUGACCUUGGUCCCAGGCGUCAGUAUUUCCCUCAGCGGGCAGUAUGUUGUGGUCACUACUGACUUUGGGCUCAAAGUCAAGUUUGAUGGAAACCACAGAGCAGAAAUUACUCUUCCCAGUACCUAUAUGUCUAAAGUCUGUGGAAUAUGUGGAAAUUACAACGGGCAAAAAGCAGACGACUUUCUCAACCCGGAUGGAGAGAUGGAAGCCAACUCAACCAGCCUUGGCAACAGCUGGCAGGUUUACAACGACUCCAGGUGCUCACCAGAUUAUGGUCAUACUCCAAACUGCACUGAUGAUGAAAAACACAUGAUCCAAAGCAAUGCAUACUGUGCACUGGACUGUCCGGCCAACAGCCACUAUGAGCCCUGUGCUGCAGCCUGCCCUGCCACCUGUGUUGACCCAAUGGCUCCCUACAACUGCAGCCUGCCGUGCGUGGAGGGCUGUGUGUGCGACAGCGGGUACCUGCUCUACAACGACCACUGCGUGCCCAGCCAGCAGUGCGGGUGCUGGCACAACGGGCAGCACUACCCCGUGGGCUCUGAGUUCUGGACGGACAACACCUGCUCCUCCAAGUGCACCUGUCCCGCACGGGGAGGCAAAGUGCAGUGCUUCAAUGCCUCCUGCCCUGCGGGCCAGUACUGCGGGGUGCAGAACGGGCAACCUGUGUGCCUUGAACACUCCUACGGCAUCUGCCACGUUCACGGGGACCCCCACUACCAAACCUUUGACAAGGUGACGCACAACUUCAUGGGCAACUGCACCUACACCCUGGCCAAAGUGUGCUCCAACACCACUUCCCUGCCCUACUUCAACGUGGAGGCCAAGAACGAGCACCGUGGCAACCCCCACGUGUCCUACGUGCGCGAAGUCGUGGUUGAGGUGUAUGGACAGCGCAUUGUCAUCCUCAAGCAGCAGAAGAGCCACGUGCUGGUGAACAACGUGCGCCAGACGUUGCCGGUGAGCGCAGCAGGAGGGGCCAUCACAGUGAGCAAGAGCGGUCGCUACAUCGUCCUGGAGACAGACUUUGGCCUCAGGGUGUCCUACGACACUGACCACUCAGUGGAGGUGAAGGUGCCCACCACCUACUUCAACCUGACCUGCGGCAUGUGUGGCAACUUCAACAACCGCAGAGACGACGAAUACAUGAUGCCCAACGGGCAGCAAGCCACAGACUCCAAUGCUCUGGGAGAGAGCUGGCAGGUGCCAGACAGUGACCCCUCCUGCGGUGUCCCCGAGCCCUCCCCACCCUGCAGUGCAGAAGAGGAGAAGCUCUACCAGUCUGACCAGUUCUGUGGCAUCCUGACCACCAGGCCCAGCUCUUUUGAGAGCUGCCACGGUGUGAUCAACCCCCAGGACUACUUUGACACCUGCUUGUAUGACUUGUGUGCCCUGAAUGGUGGCCAGGAGUUCCUGUGUGCUGCUCUGGAGGCCUAUGCUGACGCAUGCCAGGCAGCUGGUGUGACUCUUCUUCCCUGGAGGAAUGCUACCUUCUGCCCAACCUGCACUGACCCUCUUGCAUCACAGAACUGCAGCAGACCUUGUGUAGAAGGAUGUGAAUGCAACAGUGGCUUUGUCCUCAGUGGAGAACAGUGUGUGUCCAUGAGCAACUGUGGCUGCUUUCAGGACGGCAAAUAUUAUGAGAUUGUCCUGGAGGGCAUGAUCGGUGAAGAUAUCCAUAGUGAUAUAGCUUUAGAUGAUCUGUCCAUUGUAAAGGGACAAUGCACAGACAUUACACCAACAACACCAGGACCCACAAUCACAACACCAUCAGAAGAGACACCCACAUCAACACCCAUGCCAGAUUCAGGCACCUGUGUGGUAGAAGGAGACCCUCACUACCACACAUUUGACAAUCAGUUACACAAUUUCAUGGGCACCUGCACCUACACCCUCUCCAAGCUGUGUGAGAGCAACAGCUCCCUGCCCUACUUCAACGUGGAAGCGGCCAACGAGCACAGGGGAGGCAACACCCGUGUGUCCUAUGUCCGAUACGUGGAUGUCGAUGUGGCUGACCAGCGGAUAAGGCUGGGACAGGGCGGAGUGGUGACGGUCAAUGGAGUGGAAGAGAUCCUGCCUUGCAGCCCAUCUGCGGGCGUGCAGGUCUUGUCCAGUGGGUUCUACACCAUGGUCAUGACAGACUUUGGCUUGAGAGUCAAGUUUGAUGGGAACCAUCGGGUGGAGGUGACACUUCCAAGCACCUUUGGGCAGAAGGUUUGUGGCAUGUGUGGCAACUACAACGGGAUAGCAGCAGAUGACUUCCAGAACCCAGAAGGGACAAUGGAGCCAGACUCCACCAGCCUGGGCAACAGUUGGGAAGUGUCCAAUGACAGCAGCUGCUCAGCAGGACCUGUGCCCACCCCAGCCUGCAAUGAGACCGACAAGGAACUCAUCAGCAGCAGCCACUUCUGUGGCCUCCUCACUGACACCAGUGGCCCGUUUCAGGUGUGCCACGCUGUGCUGAGCCCCAGCAGCUACUUUGACACCUGCAGCUAUGACCUGUGUGAGCUGGGGCUGGACCGUGAGACCUUGUGCAAGAGCUUGCAGUCCUAUGCAGAUGCCUGCCAGUCACUCGGUGUCCAGAUACCUGUGUGGAGGAACUCAACAUUCUGCCCAAUCGCUUGUCCUGAACACAGUCACUAUGAGCCCUGUGCUGCAGCCUGCCCUGCCACCUGUGUUGACCCAAUGGCGCCUGUUACCUGCAGCCUGCCGUGCGUGGAGGGCUGUGUGUGCGACAGCGGGUACCUGCUCUACAACGACCACUGCGUGCCCAGCCAGCAGUGCGGGUGCUGGCACAACGGGCAGCACUACCCCGUGGGCUCUGAGUUCUGGACGGACAACACCUGCUCCUCCAAGUGCACCUGUCCCGCACGGGGAGGCAAAGUGCAGUGCUUCAAUGCCUCCUGCCCUGCGGGCCAGUACUGCGGGGUGCAGAACGGGCAACCUGUGUGCCUUGAACACUCCUACGGCAUCUGCCACGUCCACGGGGACCCCCACUACCAAACCUUUGACAAGGUGACGCACAACUUCAUGGGCAACUGCACCUACACCCUGGCCAAAGUGUGCUCCAACACCACUUCCCUGCCCUACUUCAACGUGGAGGCCAAGAACGAGCACCGUGGCAACCCCCACGUGUCCUACGUGCGCGAAGUCGUGGUUGAGGUGUAUGGACAGCGCAUUGUCAUCCUCAAGCAGCAGAAGAGCCACGUGCUGGUGAACAACGUGCGCCAGACGUUGCCGGUGAGUGCAGCAGGAGGGGCCAUCACAGUGAGCAAGAGCGGUCGCUACAUCGUCCUGGAGACAGACUUUGGCCUCAGAGUGUCCUACGACACUGACCACUCGGUGGAGGUGAAGGUGCCCACCACCUACUUCAACCUGACCUGCGGCAUGUGUGGCAACUUCAACAACCUCAGAGACGACGAAUACAUGAUGCCCAACGGGCAGCAAGCCGCAGACUCCAAUGCUCUGGGAGAGAGCUGGCAGGUGCCAGACAGUGACCCCUCCUGCGGUGUCCCCGAGCCCUCCCCACCCUGCAGUGCAGAAGAGGAGAAGCUCUACCAGUCUGACCAGUUCUGUGGCAUCCUGACCACCAGGCCCAGCUCUUUUGAGAGCUGCCACAGUGUGAUCAACCCCCAGGACUACUUUGACACCUGCUUGUAUGACUUGUGUGCCCUGAAUGGUGGCCAGGAGUUCCUGUGUGCUGCUCUGGAGGCCUAUGCUGACGCGUGCCAGGCAGCUGGUGUGACUCUUCUUCCCUGGAGGAAUGCUACCUUCUGCCCCCUGCAGUGUCCUCCCAACAGCUACUAUGAUCCCUGCAUGACGGGCUGUCCUGCUACCUGUGUUGACCAACACGCCCCCCAGAACUGCUCCAAGCCUUGCAUGGAGGGCUGUGCAUGUAGCUCUGGCUUCCUCCUGAGCGGAGACAGCUGUGUGCCUGAGGCCAACUGCGGCUGCCACUUUGAGGGCAACUACUAUACUGAAGGGGAAUCCUACGUGAAUGAGAACUGCACUCGCCAGUGCCGGUGCGAAGCCAAAGGCCAGAUGGUUUGCUCUGCCCUGUCCUGUGGCGAGGAUGAGGUCUGCAAGAUCCAGGAUGGCCAGAGGGGCUGUUACCCAGCCAGCACUGCCAUCUGCCACAUCUACGGUGACCCACAUUACAGCACCUUUGAUGGGAAGCUCCACCACUUCCAGGGCUCCUGCAACUACACAGUGGUGACGGGCUGUGGCAACUCCUCCGUUGGCUUCAGUGUCACCACCCGCAACAAACAUCGCGGCAGCCAGAGCUGGACAGCUCUGAACUCUGUGGCACUGUCCCUCGAAGGCCUCCACAUUGCACUGCGCGAGCACAAGGCGGUCUACAUCAACGGUGCCCUGGUCUCCCUGCCUGCUUCUCCUGCCCCUGGCGUCACCAUUUCCCUGAGCGGCUCCUACGUGCGGGUUUCUACCAAGCUGGGCCUGCAGCUGCAGUUCAAUGGGGACCAUGAGCUCCUAGUGAAGGUGUCUGAGAAGUACAAGGGCAAACUCUGUGGGCUGUGUGGGACGUACACUGGGAGCCAGCAGGAUGACUUCAUGCGACCCGAUGGGGUGGUUGUACCCGACUUCAACGACUUUGGAACCAGCUGGAUGGUGCCGGAUGAUGAGUGGCCGUGUGACCCAGCCAUCAGCCCACCUGCAUCCUGCUCCCCUGCUGAAGAGGAGGCAGCUAACCAGCAGUGUUCAAUCCUCACACACCUCGGUGGCCCAUUCCAGCCAUGCCAUGCAGUUCUGCCACCCAAGACAUACUUUGAGAGCUGUGUCUAUGACCAGUGUGCCACGGGUGGCAGCACGGAGCAGCUCUGCAAUGACCUGGGGGCCUAUGCUGCAGCCUGUGCUGAGGCGGGCGUUGAUCUGGGAGACUGGAGUGCUGGCACUGUCUGUGGCACUACAACGCCACCUCCCCAUACAACAACAUCACCGUUGCCUGGGACAAGCACAGCUCCUCCAACAGACUGCAAUUUUGCCUGCACAUUUGACGAGGACUUCUGUGGGUGGGUCCAGGCAGAUUACAGCAGCAUUGACUGGAUAAGGAACAAAGGCCCAACGCCCACGCCAAAUACUGGCCCAUCCUCUGACCACACAACAGGAGAUGGCUACUACAUCUUCCUGCAAGGGAGUGCUGAUACUCUUGCCGGUUUUGUGGCUAUCCUGGUCAGUCCAGAGUGCAGCUGGGAAGGAACACUCUGCUUCCGCUUCUGGUACCACAUGUACGGAACUGCUCAAACAAUGGCCCUGCGGGUGUACGUGCAGAAGGGUGAUGAGCAAGUGAUGGUCUGGAAAGAAGUCGGGAACCAUGGAGACAGGUGGCACUUGGGAGAGGUCACAGUGAACACCACUGGAAACAUGCAGACCAUUGGCCACAGGUCCAUCGACACCAACACCCACGGUCCCCUUGCCAAGUACCACAACACAGCCUGUACUCACCACCUCACCAACAAGCCCCCCACCCAGCUCAGGAAGGCAGGAUUAGCUGCUUACAACAACCACUGCGUGCCCAGCCAGCAGUGCGGGUGCUGGCACAACGGGCAGCACUACCCCGUGGGCUCUGAGUUCUGGACGGACAACACCUGCUCCUCCAAGUGCACCUGUCCCGCACGGGGAGGCAAAGUGCAGUGCUUCAAUGCCUCCUGCCCUGCGGGCCAGUACUGCGGGGUGCAGAACGGGCAACCUGUGUGCCUUGAACACUCCUACGGCAUCUGCCACGUCCACGGGGACCCCCACUACCAAACCUUUGACAAGGUGACGCACAACUUCAUGGGCAACUGCACCUACACCCUGGCCAAAGUGUGCUCCAACACCACUUCCCUGCCCUACUUCAACGUGGAGGCCAAGAACGAGCACCGUGGCAACCCCCACGUGUCCUACGUGCGCGAAGUCGUGGUUGAGGUGUAUGGACAGCGCAUUGUCAUCCUCAAGCAGCAGAAGAGCCACGUGCUGGUGAACAACGUGCGCCAGACGUUGCCGGUGAGUGCAGCAGGAGGGGCCAUCACAGUGAGCAAGAGCGGUCGCUACAUCGUCCUGGAGACAGACUUUGGCCUCAGAGUGUCCUACGACACUGACCACUCGGUGGAGGUGAAGGUGCCCACCACCUACUUUAACCUGACCUGCGGCAUGUGUGGCAACUUCAACAACCGCAGAGACGACGAAUACACGAUGCCCAACGGGCAGCAAGCCGCAGACUCCAAUGCUCUGGGAGAGAGCUGGCAGGUGCCAGACAGUGACCUCUCCUGCGGUGUCCCCGAGCCCUCCCCACCCUGCAGUGCAGAAGAGGAGAAGCUCUACCAGUCUGACCAAUUCUGUGGCAUCCUGACCACCAGGCCCAGCUCUUUUGAGAGCUGCCACGGUGUGAUCAACCCCCAGGACUACUUUGACACCUGCUUGUAUGACUUGUGUGCUCUGAAUGGUGGCCAGGAGUUCCUGUGUGCUGCUCUGGAGGCCUAUGCUGACGCGUGCCAGGCAGCUGGUGUGACUCUUCUUCCCUGGAGGAAUGCUACCUUCUGCCCCCUGCAGUGUCCUCCCAACAGCUACUAUGAUCCCUGCAUGACGGGCUGUCCUGCUACCUGUGUUGACCAACACGCCCCCCAGAACUGCUCCAAGCCUUGCAUGGAGGGCUGUGCAUGUAGCUCUGGCUUCCUCCUGAGCGGAGACAGCUGUGUGCCUGAGGCCAACUGCGGCUGCCACUUUGAGGGCAACUACUAUACUGAAGGGGAAUCCUACGUGAAUGAGAACUGCACUCGCCAGUGCCGGUGCGAAGCCAAAGGCCAGAUGGUUUGCUCUGCCCUGUCCUGUGGCGAGGAUGAGGUCUGCAAGAUCCAGGAUGGCCAGAGGGGCUGUUACCCAGCCAGCACUGCCAUCUGCCACAUCUACGGUGACCCACAUUACAGCACCUUUGAUGGGAAGCUCCACCACUUCCAGGGCUCCUGCAACUACACAGUGGUGACGGGCUGUGGCAACUCCUCCGUUGGCUUCAGUGUCACCACCCGCAACAAACAUCGCGGCAGCCAGAGCUGGACAGCUCUGAACUCUGUGGCACUGUCCCUCGAAGGCCUCCACAUUGCACUGCGCGAGCACAAGGCGGUCUACAUCAACGGUGCCCUGGUCUCCCUGCCUGCUUCUCCUGCCCCUGGCGUCACCAUUUCCCUGAGCGGCUCCUACGUGCGGGUUUCUACCAAGCUGGGCCUGCAGCUGCAGUUCAAUGGGGACCAUGAGCUCCUAGUGAAGGUGUCUGAGAAGUACAAGGGCAAACUCUGUGGGCUGUGUGGGACGUACACUGGGAGCCAGCAGGAUGACUUCAUGCGACCCGAUGGGGUGGUUGUACCCGACUUCAACGACUUUGGAACCAGCUGGAUGGUGCCGGAUGAUGAGUGGCCGUGUGACCCAGCCAUCAGCCCACCUGCAUCCUGCUCCCCUGCUGAAGAGGAGGCAGCUAACCAGCAGUGUUCAAUCCUCACACACCUCGGUGGCCCAUUCCAGCCAUGCCAUGCAGUUCUGCCACCCAAGACAUACUUUGAGAGCUGUGUCUAUGACCAGUGUGCCACGGGUGGCAGCACGGAGCAGCUCUGCAAUGACCUGGGGGCCUAUGCUGCAGCCUGUGCUGAGGCGGGCGUUGAUCUGGGAGACUGGAGUGCUGGCACUGUCUGUGGCACUACAACGCCACCUCCCCAUACAACAACAUCACCGUUGCCUGGGACAAGCACAGCUCCUCCAACAGACUGCAAUUUUGCCUGCACAUUUGACGAGGACUUCUGUGGGUGGGUCCAGGCAGAUUACAGCAGCAUUGACUGGAUAAGGAACAAAGGCCCAACGCCCACGCCAAAUACUGGCCCAUCCUCUGACCACACAACAGGAGAUGGCUACUACAUCUUCCUGCAAGGGAGUGCUGAUACUCUUGCCGGUUUUGUGGCUAUCCUGGUCAGUCCAGAGUGCAGCUGGGAAGGAACACUCUGCUUCCGCUUCUGGUACCACAUGUACGGAACUGCUCAAACAAUGGCCCUGCGGGUGUACGUGCAGAAGGGUGAUGAGCAAGUGAUGGUCUGGAAAGAAGUCGGGAACCAUGGAGACAGGUGGCACUUGGGAGAGGUCACAGUGAACACCACUGGAAACAUGCAGACCAUUGGCCACAGGUCCAUCGACACCAACACCCACGGUCCCCUUGCCAAGUACCACAACACAGCCUGUACUCACCACCUCACCAACAAGCCCCCCACCCAGCUCAGGUCCACUUCCUACUACACCCUCUACUCCCCUGCCAAAUGUUACAACACCAUCAACACCAAGACCAACAACUACACCUGGAACGACCUCAGGUCCACUUCCUACAACACACUCCACUCCGCUGCCAAACGUUACAACACCAUCAACACCAAGACCAACAACUACACCUGGAACGACCUCAGGUCCACUUCCUACAACACACUCUACUCCGCUGCCAAACGUUACAACACCAUCAACACCAAGACCAACAACUACACCUGGAACGACCUCAGGUCCACUUCCUACUACACCCUCUACUCCCCUGCCAAACGCACCUGUGUGGUAGAAGGAGACCCUCACUACCACACAUUUGACAAUCAGUUACACAAUUUCAUGGGCACCUGCACCUACACCCUCUCCAAGCUGUGUGAGAGCAACAGCUCCCUGCCCUACUUCAACGUGGAAGCGGCCAACGAGCACAGGGGAGGCAACACCCGUGUGUCCUAUGUCCGAUACGUGGAUGUCGAUGUGGCUGACCAGCGGAUAAGGCUGGGACAGGGCGGAGUGGUGACGGUCAAUGGAGUGGAAGAGAUCCUGCCUUGCAGCCCAUCUGCGGGCGUGCAGGUCUUGUCCAGUGGGUUCUACACCAUGGUCAUGACAGACUUUGGCUUGAGAGUCAAGUUUGAUGGGAACCAUCGGGUGGAGGUGACACUUCCAAGCACCUUUGGGCAGAAGGUUUGUGGCAUGUGUGGCAACUACAACGGGAUAGCAGCAGAUGACUUCCAGAACCCAGAAGGGACAAUGGAGCCAGACUCCACCAGCCUGGGCAACAGUUGGGAAGUGUCCAAUGACAGCAGCUGCUCAGCAGGACCUGUGCCCACCCCAGCCUGCAAUGAGACCGACAAGGAACUCAUCAGCAGCAGCCACUUCUGUGGCCUCCUCACUGACACCAGUGGCCCGUUUCAGGUGUGCCAUGCUGUGCUGAGCCCCAGCAGCUACUUUGACACCUGCAGCUAUGACCUGUGUGAGCUGGGGCUGGACCGUGAGACCUUGUGCAAGAGCUUGCAGUCCUAUGCAGAUGCCUGCCAGUCACUCGGUGUCCAGAUACCUGUGUGGAGGAACUCAACAUUCUGCCCAAUCACUUGUCCGGCCAACAGCCACUAUGAGCCCUGUGCUGCAGCCUGCCCUGCCACCUGUGUUGACCCGACAGCUCCCAACAACUGCAGCCUGCCGUGCGUGGAGGGCUGUGUGUGCGACAGCGGGUACCUGCUCUACAACGACCACUGCGUGCCCAGCCAGCAGUGCGGGUGCUGGCACAACGGGCAGCACUACCCCGUGGGCUCUGAGUUCUGGACGGACAACACCUGCUCCUCCAAGUGCACCUGUCCCGCACGGGGAGGCAAAGUGCAGUGCUUCAAUGCCUCCUGCCCUGCGGGCCAGUACUGCGGGGUGCAGAACGGGCAACCUGUGUGCCUUGAACACUCCUACGGCAUCUGCCACGUCCACGGGGACCCCCACUACCAAACCUUUGACAAGGUGACGCACAACUUCAUGGGCAACUGCACCUACACCCUGGCCAAAGUGUGCUCCAACACCACUUCCCUGCCCUACUUCAACGUGGAGGCCAAGAACGAGCACCGUGGCAACCCCCACGUGUCCUACGUGCGCGAAGUCGUGGUUGAGGUGUAUGGACAGCGCAUUGUCAUCCUCAAGCAGCAGAAGAGCCACGUGCUGGUGAACAACGUGCGCCAGACGUUGCCGGUGAGUGCAGCAGGAGGGGCCAUCACAGUGAGCAAGAGCGGUCGCUACAUCGUCCUGGAGACAGACUUUGGCCUCAGAGUGUCCUACGACACUGACCACUCGGUGGAGGUGAAGGUGCCCACCACCUACUUCAACCUGACCUGCGGCAUGUGUGGCAAUUUCAACAACCUCAGAGACGACGAAUACAUGAUGCCCAACGGGCAGCAAGCCGCAGACUCCAAUGCUCUGGGAGAGAGCUGGCAGGUGCCAGACAGUGACCCCUCCUGCGGUGUCCCCGAGCCCUCCCCACCCUGCAGUGCAGAAGAGGAGAAGCUCUACCAGUCUGACCAAUUCUGUGGCAUCCUGACCACCAGGCCCAGCUCUUUUGAGAGCUGCCACGGUGUGAUCAACCCCCAGGACUACUUUGACACCUGCUUGUAUGACUUGUGUGCUCUGAAUGGUAGCCAGGAGUUCUUGUGUCCUGCUCUGGAGGCCUAUGCUGACGCGUGCCAGGCAGCUGGUGUGACUCUUCUUCCCUGGAGGAAUGCUACCUUCUGCCCCCUGCAGUGUCCUCCCAACAGCUACUAUGAUCCCUGCAUGACGGGCUGUCCUGCUACCUGUGUUGACCAACACGCCCCCCAGAACUGCUCCAAGCCUUGCAUGGAGGGCUGUGCAUGUAGCUCUGGCUUCCUCCUGAGCGGAGACAGCUGUGUGCCUGAGGCCAACUGCGGCUGCCACUUUGAGGGCAACUACUAUACUGAAGGGGAAUCCUACGUGAAUGAGAACUGCGCUCGCCAGUGCCGGUGCGAAGCCAAAGGCCAGAUGGUUUGCUCUGCCCUGUCCUGUGGCGAGGAUGAGGUCUGCAAGAUCCAGGAUGGCCAGAGGGGCUGUUACCCAGCCAGCACUGCCAUCUGCCACAUCUACGGUGACCCACAUUACAGCACCUUUGAUGGGAAGCUCCACCACUUCCAGGGCUCCUGCAACUACACAGUGGUGACGGGCUGUGGCAACUCCUCCGUUGGCUUCAGUGUCACCACCCGCAACAAACAUCGCGGCAGCCAGAGCUGGACAGCUCUGAACUCUGUGGCACUGUCCCUCGAAGGCCUCCACAUUGCACUGCGCGAGCACAAGGCGGUCUACAUCAACGGUGCCCUGGUCUCCCUGCCUGCUUCUCCUGCCCCUGGCAUCACCAUUUCCCUGAGCGGCUCCUACGUGCGGGUUUCUACCAAGCUGGGCCUGCAGCUGCAGUUCAAUGGGGACCAUGAGCUCCUAGUGAAGGUGUCUGAGAAGUACAAGGGCAAACUCUGUGGGCUGUGUGGGACGUACACUGGGAGCCAGCAGGAUGACUUCAUGCGACCCGAUGGGGUGGUUGUACCCGACUUCAACGACUUUGGAACCAGCUGGAUGGUGCCGGAUGAUGAGUGGCCGUGUGACCCAGCCAUCAGCCCACCUGCAUCCUGCUCCCCUGCUGAAGAGGAGGCAGCUAACCAGCAGUGUUCAAUCCUCACACACCUCGGUGGCCCAUUCCAGCCAUGCCAUGCAGUUCUGCCACCCAAGACAUACUUUGAGAGCUGUGUCUAUGACCAGUGUGCCACGGGUGGCAGCACGGAGCAGCUCUGCAAUGACCUGGGGGCCUAUGCUGCAGCCUGUGCUGAGGCGGGCGUUGAUCUGGGAGACUGGAGUGCUGGCACUGUCUGUGGUCCAUCGACACCAACACCCACGGUCCCCUUGCCAAGUACCACAACACAGCCUGUACUCACCACCUCACCAACAAGCCCCCCACCCAGCUCAGAUCGUGCUUCCUGCAGUGCCUCUGGGGACCCACAUUACAACACUUUUGACCACAAAGUCCAUAAUUUCAUGGGAAAUUGCACUUACACCCUCUCCAAAGUGUGCACUGCCUCGGAGAGUCUUCCAUACUUUGAUGUGUCUACAACAAAUGAGCACAGAGGAGCCAACACCAAAGUUUCUUAUGUGAAGUCAGUGCACGUGGAAGUCUAUGGCAAUCUGAUUUCUCUGUUGAAAAACAAGAAAGUGAAUGUGAAUGGUCACAGAAUGAACUUGCCUGUAUUUAUUGAAAAGAAGAUCAGUAUUCAAAGCAGUGGUGGAUAUGUUCUCUUGGAAACUGAUUUUGGACUGUGGGUGAGAUAUGAUGGAAAUCACUAUGCAGAAGUCUCUGUGCCUUCUAAUUACAGUGGUCUGCUCUGUGGCCUCUGUGGUAAUUAUAAUGGUGAUCCAAAUGAUGAUAAUAUCAAGCCCAAUGGUGACAUUGCAAGUGAUUCCACUGAUCUUGGAGAAAGCUGGCUGGUGCCUGAGAAUAACACCAUAUGCUCCAGUGGUGGGAAAGAAGAGCAAUGUGAUCCUGUGUUGGAGAGUGAGGCUAAGAAAAACACAGCAUGUGGCAUGAUCACAGACCCAACAGGAAUCUUCAAGGACUGCCACAGCAAGGUGCCUCCACAGAAUUUCUUUGAAAACUGUGUUUAUGACAUGUGUUUCACUGGGGGACAGUCAACAUCCUUAUGCUAUGGACUGCAGGCCUAUGCUGAGUCGUGUGUUAAUGCUGGGAUAUGCAUAGAGUGGAGGAAUGCUACUCUUUGCCCAAUGUCCUGUCCUGGAGGCAGCAUCUACAAGAGCUGUGGUACUAGGUGUCCCUCUACCUGUUUGAACAUCUCACCAGUUGAUUCCUGCAGUUCUUUGCCAGUGGAAGGUUGCUUCUGUAAGGAAGGCUAUGUUUUGAGUGGAGACAAAUGUGUGCCAGAAAGCAACUGUGGUUGUGUUGAUGAAAAAAACCAUUAUCACCAGCUGAAUGAAAGCUGGUUCCCCCAUAACCCCUGCACUGAGCGCUGCACCUGCAGGGCAAAUAACACCAUUGAGUGCAUAUCCUGGGAGUGUGGAGUCCAAGAGGAGUGCAGUAUUCUGGAUGGUGUGCUGGGCUGCCAUUCCAAUGGUCACGCAAUAUGUCAAGUGGUAGGAGAUCCCCAUUAUUUCACUUUUGAUGGAAUGAAGUACACUUUUGUGGGAACCUGCACCUACACUUUGGUUGAGGUUGUCAACACUGCCACCAAUGUCAUUCCUAUAACCAUACUUGGCAAGAAUGAAGACAGAGGACUAAGAGGGGCCACAUACCUGAAAGAAGUCUACAUCGAUUUGUAUGGUGUACGAAUCACCCUUCAGAAAAACCAAGGAAUCCUGCUGAACAACGAGAGAGUCUACACUCCAGUGCAGAACCGACUGCAAGGCGUGUCCAUUGGAAAUGUUGGCAGAUUUAUAGUAGUGGAAACUGACUUUGGUGUGAUAGUGAGAUAUGAUGGCAAUCACCAUCUGGAAAUCACCCUCCCACGCUCUUAUUUCUCACAGGUGCAUGGCAUGUGUGGCAAUUUCAAUGGUAAUCAUGAAGAUGAUCUGUCCUUGACCAAUGGUACAGCUGUCACUGCCCCACAGUUUGGAAAUAGCUGGGAAGUGGAGGAAGACAGUGAUAAGGGUUGUUUGCCAGACUUAAGAGAAGAUGAUGAGCCUCCUUGCACUGCUGAGAAUAAACAAGUCAUUGAAAAACAGUGCAAUGUUCUAAAAUCAGACAAAUUCAAAGCAUGCCAUAGCCUAGUCAACCCUGACGACUUCAUAGAGAUCUGCAUCUAUGAUAUGUGCCAGUAUGAUGGGAUGAAGUCUGCUCUCUGUGAUAUAGUUCAAGCCUAUGUGGACACCUGCAAGAAUCAUGGAAUCACCAUUAAAUGGAGGAAUAGCACAUUCUGUCCAUUGCCCUGCCCAUCCCGGAGCCACUACAAAGACUGUGUCUCUCCCUGCCCAUCAACAUGCAGUGACAUUUUUGCCUCUUCCCUUUGUGAGAAGACAGAAGAGUGCACAGAGGGCUGUGAAUGUGAUGAUAACUAUGUGCUCAGCAAUGGCAACUGUGUGCCUCUCAGCAGUUGUGGCUGCAGGGACGAUGACAACAAUUACUACAGUGCUGGGGAGACAUGGCUAACUCCACACUGCACCAAAAGAUGCCAGUGCCAGAAGAACGGUGUCAUCAGUUGCAGGAGCUACAGCUGUGAUUCCAGAGAAACCUGUGUGAUCAAAGAUGGAAAACACAAGUGCAAUCCAACAAGUUUUGGGAAAUGCCAGGUCAUGGGGGACCCACACUACAUCACCUUUGAUGGGCUGGUGCACCACUUCCAAGGGAAAUACACAUAUAUUCUGGCUCAGAGCAUCCCUGACCUACCUGACACUCUGACACAGUUCAGCAUUGAGGGCGUGAACUAUCCUUUACGUGGAAUUCGACGCAUUACUUACCUGAAAGAGAUGCUCAUCACUGUUUAUAACCACACAGUGCGAUUCAGGCAGAACAAGCAGGUUCUGUUGGAUGGUGUGAGAGUGUGGCCCCCUGUUCGACCUCAUGAGGGUAUUCAUAUAUAUCAGAGGACAACAAGAAUUUACCUGGAGACAGAUUUUGGCUUAUACCUGAGCUAUGAUGGCAGUCAAAAUGCAGACAUAAAGCUGGCUACCACCUACAGAAGCAGAGUGGAAGGCUUGUGUGGUAACUUUGAUGGGAUAUACAGAAAUGACUUCAAAAAUCCAGAUGGUGUUUGGGUGAGGAAUGUGAAUGUAUUUGGUGAAAGCUGGAAAGUUCCUCUGAAAAGAAGCUCUCGCCUCAGACGAGAUGUCAACUCAGAAAACGAGUCUGAGGAGAAACCAGAUCCAGGGCUUUUCCAAGGUUGCAAUGAAAAUCAGCUGGAGCAGCAAAACAAAACUUCCAAGUGUCAAAUCCUGACUGGCGUGAAUGGUCCUUUUGCCAAGUGUCAUUCUGCAGUCCAACCAGAUUUCUAUUUCACGAGCUGCCUGUUUGAUAUGUGUGUGGAAGGAGAUGAGGUUGCUAUCUUAUGUCGCAGUCUGGAGGAAUAUGCGCUGGCUUGUCAGCAGCAAGGAGUCAGCAUGGAUGACUGGAGGCAACAGACAGACUGUGGUAUGUCAUGUCCUCCCAACAGCAAGUACAACUCAUGCAUGUCUGCAUGUCCAGCAUCCUGCAGCGACCUGACCAGCCCCUCUGAGUGUGAAUCACCCUGUGUUGAAGGCUGUGAAUGUCUCCCUGGUUAUGUUCUUAGUGGCUUUGAAUGUGUGCCUUACAAAGAGUGUGGCUGCACAUACCUUAACAAAUACUAUCAGAUUGGAGAAAUAUUCACCACUGAUGACUGCUCUCAGAAAUGCCAGUGCACAGAAAGCUCCACUGUUUUCUGCUCUGAUGAUGUGUGUGGGUCUGGAGAAAUCUGUGGCAUUUCAAACUACAGUCGUGGAUGCUACAGGAGUGGCCCAUGUAUGCCAAAUCCUUGUAAAAAUGAUGGCAUUUGCUCUGAAACCUCCAACAGCACCUCCCUCCACUUCUGUGAAUGUUCAGAACUCUACACAGGACAAAACUGUGAGGCUGAAAAAAUAGCUGAAGACCCUGCCACAGAGGAUUCGGACUACACCAUUGCCAUUGUCAUCGGAGUUGUGGCAGGAGUAGCUGUUAUUGUCAUUCUCAUCUCCUCUACAGUGUACCUGUUCAGAAGGAAGAGAAAGACAGAUACAUGUGUUAUAACAAGGGAUUCUUCUUUGAAAGGGUCCAGGAAUAAAUUGGAUGCCAGAGUACAUGAGCAAGAUUAUGGCUGCAUUGUGAACAGUGCAUUUGAUCAAAAUGAAUACCCAAAUACACACCUAUAAUUAACAAUAUUAUUCCUAAUAAUUUGUCAUACUUUUUACUCUGUAUUUUAAUCAUAUUUCUAAUAUUCUGAGGAGAAAUAAUAAUAAAUUUAUCAUUGCAUUUGUUGAAAA